AUGAGUAAAGGUACUCCAUCCUUCGGUAAGCGUCACAACAAGUCCCACGUUUUGUGCAACAGAUGUGGCAGACGUUCUUUCCAUUGCCAGAAGAAGACCUGUUCUGCUUGUGGUUACCCAGCUGCCAAGUUGAGAUCCCACAACUGGGCUCUUAAGGCCAAGAGAAGACACACCACCGGUACCGGUAGAAUGCAAUACUUGAAGCACGUUUCUAGAAGAUUCAAGAACGGUUUCCAAUCCGGUGUUGCCAAGCCACAAACCGCUUAAUUUAUUGAAAUCAUAUAAAUCUACUCGCAUGUCCAAUACGGUUGGUGAAAUUACUUUUCCAGAUUCCUUGUUUCUCUACGCUGUUCCAUAUAUAUUUUCAUUAAAUUCUGUCAAAUCUGUUUAAACCCGGUUUAAAGCUAAUACUAGAUAUAACGAUUUAUUCCCGACCGAGUACCUUUUGGGCAAUGCCGUGGGAGUAUUUCCUUGUAACUCGCUUUGUGGUUUCUGGAUUCCAAAGGGUCUGGCCGGAGGCAGAGCUUAUGAUACGAUCCAUGCUUGACUGACGCUGUUAUGGGUCAAUUCACGUAGAAGCUAGGCCCGUAACAAUGGAGGCCACGAUCCUAUUGCUUACCGACAUUCAUAUUUUGACGUAUUAAUCGAAAGUCUUACCCCGU